AUGGUGCCUGGCUGGCUGCCUGCGGGAGGGGCGUUCCGUGAAGGGGCCCGCAGGCUGUCCCGCCGCCGGGCCCUCGGGGGCGGGGGGAGGGGCGGGCACAGCUGUUCCCUCACCGGCUCCCCGGCCCCUCCGACGCCCCCGUACCUGCUGGCUCCCCAGGGCUCCCCGCGGCUGCCAGCUGUCGGAAGCGGCGCGGGCGGAGAGCUAGAAGAUGCGCGGGGUGGGGAGCAAAGGUUUAAAAGGUCAGCAUCCUCCCUAGGACCCCCACCAGGGGCAGCAGGGGCGGCGGGGAUGGAGAGCCGAAAGGGCUGCAGGCUUUCUCGCUCCCGCCCCGCCUUCACGGAGGGGCUGCGGGCUGGGCGGGAGGGGUUGGGUGGGGAAGACCGAGACAGGGGCGCGAAAAGAGAGGGUCUUUCGGAGGCAAGACCCGGAGAGGUGUCGGGGCAGGUAAUUCACAGGGACCCGUCCAGGCCAGCUUAUCCCACCAUGGCAGAGCUGAUCCCGGCGUGGGGAGCGCUGCGGGCCGCAUCUUGGGAUCGCCCUCCCACCCCCGCUCGCAUCCUCGGCCUCACCGUCGCGACCUCCGCCGCCUCUGGGCGCAGUGACGGGACCAGGGUGGGUGGCGCCCCUCUGCGCUCCGGGCCGCACUGGGUCCGGGCCACUGCGGGGCGCCGGCUCCGGACUCGCGCUGCGGCCGCUCUGGGUCCCCAGCCGGGGCUCCGGCCUCAACGCUGCUGGUCCCGCCCCCUCUCCGAGCGGCCGCCCCUCCGGCCCGCCUCCGCCCCGCCCGCCGCUGCGGCGGUUGUCGCUCCCACCUCUACCGGCGCGGUCCCGCCUCCGCGCCAGCCCUGGCCAGAUCGGGCACCGCAGUGCAGGGACCGCGUCCCCACCGCCGCGCGGCCCCCCAUCAAUGCGGGUUCCAGGCCUCCUCGGCCCCACCCUUCCGUCCUCCGGGAGGUGCGGCGUCCUGCGAGUGCGGCGGAGCUGCUCGGCCUGCAGCCCCCAGCCCGCCAGGGGCCCCAGCCGCCCCAGCCGCCAGUUAUUCUCGCCCCUAGCCCACCUCCCUCCUCACUGCAACCACUGCAGCGGCGCCGCCACCCUUGGACUCCUCCCCCGCAAGAAGUCUGCCCCAUUCCUUUGCAAAGUGCUCCUCCAUCGGUGCAGAAAGCCUUCCAUCCCUGCGGGUGUCUUCAGCUUCUGCAGAAACUUCAAUGA